CCAGACCCACCGCGACCGGAACGGGAGGACACACUUUUUCCAACCGUCAUGUUUCGGAGCACGUUAUUGGUACUCUGUAACUCCGGGAGUGGCGGUUAAAUAGUCUUUGGUCAGGCGGCGCCGGCGGCGCUUCAGUUUAAGAGCGGGCCUGCAGGUCGCAGUGACCAACUCCCGCCCCCUACCCCACGUGGUUGGAGGUUUCCAGAAGAGUUGCCUCCGCCGCGCCUCGCAGUUCCCGGCUAUCCGAGCGCCUGUUUGCUGUCCUGUACUCCACCGUCUAGCCGCCAUGAUAAGCGCCAGCCGAGCCGCGGCCGCCCGUUUGGUCGGCGCCGCAGCCUCCCGGGGCUCCACGGUAGCCCGCCACCAGGAUAGCUGGAACGGCCUUAGUCAUGAGGCUUUUAGAAUUGUUUCAAGGCGGGAUUAUGCCUCAGAAGCAAUCAAAGGAGCAGUUGUUGGUAUUGAUUUGGGUACUACCAACUCCUGUGUAGCAGUUAUGGAAGGUAAACAAGCAAAGGUGCUGGAGAAUGCCGAAGGUGCCAGAACAACCCCUUCAGUUGUGGCCUUUACAGCAGAUGGCGAGCGACUUGUUGGCAUGCCAGCCAAGCGGCAGGCUGUCACCAACCCAAACAACACAUUCUAUGCCACCAAGCGUCUCAUUGGCCGCCGAUACGAUGACCCUGAAGUGCAGAAAGACAUUAAAAAUGUUCCCUUUAAAAUUGUCCGUGCCUCCAACGGUGAUGCCUGGGUUGAAGCACAUGGAAAACUCUAUUCUCCAAGUCAGAUAGGAGCAUUUGUGUUGAUGAAGAUGAAAGAGACUGCAGAAAAUUAUUUGGGGCAUGCAGCAAAAAAUGCUGUGAUCACAGUCCCAGCUUAUUUCAAUGAUUCUCAGAGACAGGCCACUAAGGAUGCUGGCCAGAUAUCUGGACUAAAUGUGCUUCGGGUGAUAAAUGAACCCACAGCUGCUGCUCUGGCCUAUGGUCUAGACAAGUCUGAAGAUAAAAUCAUUGCUGUAUAUGAUUUAGGUGGUGGAACUUUUGAUAUUUCUAUCCUGGAAAUUCAGAAAGGAGUAUUUGAGGUGAAAUCCACCAAUGGAGACACAUUCUUAGGUGGAGAAGACUUUGACCAGGCCUUGCUACGACACAUUGUAAAGGAAUUCAAGAGAGAGUCAGGGGUUGAUUUGACCAAAGACAACAUGGCACUUCAGAGGGUGCGGGAAGCUGCUGAGAAGGCCAAAUGUGAACUCUCCUCAUCUGUGCAGACUGACAUCAACUUGCCAUAUCUUACAAUGGAUGCUUCUGGACCCAAGCAUUUGAACAUGAAGUUGAGCCGGGCUCAAUUUGAGGGGAUUGUCACUGACCUAAUUAGGAAGACUAUCGCCCCAUGCCAAAAAGCCAUGCAGGAUGCAGAAGUCAGCAAGAGUGACAUAGGAGAAGUGAUUCUUGUUGGUGGCAUGACUAGGAUGCCCAAGGUUCAACAGACUGUGCAGGAUCUUUUUGGCCGAGCCCCAAGUAAAGCUGUUAAUCCUGAUGAGGCUGUGGCCAUUGGAGCUGCCAUUCAGGGAGGUGUGUUGGCUGGUGAUGUCACAGAUGUGCUACUCCUGGAUGUCACUCCCCUGUCUCUGGGUAUUGAGACUCUGGGAGGUGUCUUUACUAAACUUAUUAACAGGAACACCACUAUUCCAACCAAGAAGAGCCAGGUAUUUUCUACAGCUGCUGAUGGACAGACUCAAGUGGAGAUUAAAGUGUGCCAGGGUGAGAGAGAGAUGGCUGGAGAUAACAAACUUCUUGGACAGUUUACUUUGAUUGGAAUUCCCCCAGCCCCUCGUGGAGUCCCUCAAAUUGAAGUUACAUUUGACAUUGAUGCCAACGGGAUUGUACAUGUUUCUGCCAAAGAUAAGGGCACAGGACGUGAGCAACAAAUUGUGAUCCAGUCUUCUGGUGGGUUAAGCAAAGAUGAUAUUGAAAAUAUGGUUAAAAAUGCAGAGAAGUAUGCUGAGGAAGACCGGCGAAAGAAGGAACGAGUUGAAGCAGUUAACAUGGCUGAAGGAAUCAUUCAUGACACAGAAACCAAGAUGGAAGAAUUCAAAGACCAAUUGCCUGCUGAUGAGUGCAACAAGCUAAAAGAAGAGAUUUCCAAAAUGAGGGAAAUCCUAGCUCGAAAAGACAGUGAAACAGGAGAAAAUAUAAGGCAGGCAGCGUCCUCCCUUCAGCAGGCAUCUUUGAAGCUCUUCGAAAUGGCGUACAAAAAGAUGGCAUCUGAGCGAGAAGGCUCUGGAAGUUCUGGCACUGGGGAACAAAAGGAAGAUCAAAAGGAGGAGAAACAGUAAUAGUAGUAAACGGGAGCAGAAAGGAAAACAUGUUAUGAUGCUUGGGAGUGAAGGGAUUUCCUGAGCAGAAUGGGCAAACUUCAGUCUUACUGUGUUUUUGCAGUAUUCUAUAUAUAAUUUCCUUAAUAUGUAAAUUUAGUGACUGUUAGCUAAUGAUCAUUUAAUGAGUGAUAAAUUCCAGCAGUACAAAGUUCACAAUGUUCUGUCCCUAGCCUAUCAUUUUUCAGCUGCAUGUAAAAGAGGGGAGGGGGAAAACGAUGUGUUGAUCAUUAUAAAGACUUAACAUUGUUUUGUGCUGAAGUGGCCGUAUUUUCAAGGGGGGCACGAAACCGUCCCAGACACAAUGGAAGUAGUCAGCUGUAGACGUCGAGAGAGACCAUACGGGAUGAGAUCCUUCUAGUUAGCAGAGUAGUGUUAUAUUGGCCCCGUAUGUACAUGGAGUCCUUCAACUGAGGCCUUGCAAGGCAAGCCAGCCAUGUCUAUUGGUAAGUGGGGUGGAGAACCUUCAUCAAUGGAAAAUUAUAAGCUAGUUAUUUGUGUUAGGUACAGCUUUUAAAACAAGGUAAUAAUGGGCUCCCUAACUUUUCCUCAUGCCUAUUUUUCUAGCUACCUUCUGGUCUGUGUUGGCUGGCACCUACAUCACCUACAUUUUUGAUUGUUCUUUUUGAUCCAUUCUGGAUUUUUAAAAAAAAAAUAAAUAUGAAAAUCA